AUGCGAUCUUGGACAUCUAGAAAAUUUGCUCAACGAUCAGAGAGAGUCAAAUCUGUGGAUCUUCAUCCUACAGAACCAUGGAUUCUGGCAAGUUUGUAUUCUGGAACCGUGUGUAUUUGGAACUACCAAACACAGACGAUUACAAAAUCCUUCGAGGUGACCGAGUUGCCAGUUAGGUCGGCCAAGUUUAUUCCGCGCAAGCAAUGGGUUGUGGCUGGAGCUGAUGAUAUGUACAUCCGUGUAUACAAUUACAAUACAAUGGACAAGGUCAAAGUAUUCGAGGCUCAUUCGGAUUACAUUAGGUGUGUAGCUGUCCAUCCGACCCUUCCAUAUGUGCUAUCAUCUUCUGAUGAUAUGCUCAUAAAGCUUUGGGACUGGGAAAAUGGUUGGGCUUGUACUCAGAUAUUUGAGGGACAUUCACACUAUGUGAUGCAAGUGGUAUUCAAUCCAAAAGACACCAACACUUUUGCCAGUGCAUCGCUUGAUCGUACCAUAAAGCUUUGGGACUGGGAAAAUGGUUGGGCUUGUACUCAGAUAUUUGAGGGACAUUCACACUAUGUGAUGCAAGUGGUAUUCAAUCCAAAAGACACCAACACUUUUGCCAGUGCAUCGCUUGAUCGUACCAUAAAGAUAUGGAAUCUCGGUUCCCCAGACCCAAAUUUUACACUGGAUGCUCAUCAGAAAGGAGUCAACUGCGUAGACUAUUUCACAGGGGGUGAUAAACCUUACUUAAUUACUGGCUCUGAUGAUCAUACUGCUAGGGUAUGGGAUUAUCAAACCAAAAGUUGUGUCCAGACGCUAGAUGGGCACACACACAAUGUAUCUGCCGUAUGUUUCCAUCCUGAGCUUCCGAUAAUAAUCACAGGUUCUGAGGAUGGCACUGUUCGCAUUUGGCACUCCACGACUUACAGGCUAGAAAACACAUUGAAUUAUGGUCUCGAGAGAGUCUGGGCCAUUGGUUACAUCAAAAGUUCGCGGCGGGUUGUGAUUGGAUAUGAUGAAGGAACCAUUAUGGUUAAACUUGGACGAGAAAUUCCUGUCGCUAGCAUGGACAGUAGCGGAAAAAUUAUAUGGGCUAAGCAUAAUGAAAUUCAAACUGCAAACAUCAAAAGUAUUGGUGCAGGUUACGAGGUUACUGAUGGAGAAAGACUUCCCUUGUCUGUUAAAGAGCUGGGGACCUGUGAUCUUUAUCCACAAAGCUUGAAGCACAACCCUCAUGGGAGGACUGUCGUUGUUUGUGGUGAUGGAGAGUACAUAAUCUACACAUCUGUAGUUUGGAGAAAUAGAUCUUUCGGGUCUGGGCUGGAAUUUGUUUGGUCAUCCGAGGGGGAAUGUGCAGUUAGAGAAAGUUCAUCAAAGAUAAAGAUAUGCAAUAGAAAUUUCCAGGAAAGGAAGAGUAUUCGGCCUACUUUCUCAGCUGAGAAGAUCUUUGGAGGAACCUUGUUGGCAAUGUGUUCAAAUGAUUUUAUCUGCUUUUAUGAUUGGGCUGAAUGCAGGCUGAUUCAACAAAUUGAUGUCACAGUAAAGAAUCUGUAUUGGGCUGAAAGUGGUGAUUUAGUAGCCAUUGCUAGUGAUACGUCAUUCUAUAUCUUGAAGUACAAUCGUGACUUGGUUUCCUCGCAUUUUGAUAGUGGAAAACCAACUGAUGAGGAGGGUGUUGAUGAUGCUUUUGAGGUUCUCCACGAGAACGAUGAACGUGUCAGGACAGGUAACCACAAUGUAUCAUUUGGACCGCCCAAUGUAUUUGUUAGGCUAUAUGGCCAACCAAAGCCGGGUGUACUUGAUAGACAAAGAAUUCAAUGUCGUAGGAUAUACCCUGCUGCUUAG